AUGCCUCAGUUCACUUACACCCGACCAGUGCUUCAUAGCUACUCUUUAAUCUUUUCCAGUACAAACUUCAGCUGCGACCACCAAUCCUACUGUCUUCCAAAUUGUUUCGAGCGGCAGCAACAUCAGUGUCGGGCCCUGAUGAACGGAAUCAAACAAGUUUAUGGCGCUGAAAUUGAGCACAGUUUUGUAAGAUCAGUCAGUCGCCAGAUUAAUACCAAUCCGGCUGAAAACGUUGGCCGGUAUAAUCUGGAUGAAUCGAUUGGUCCUGGUCGUACCAGUCAAGAACAGACAGAAGGUUCAAGUGACACAGACGAUUCUUCUCAUUUCGAAUCUACCGGCGAUUUGUCCAGUUCGGAUUAUGCUGUAAAACAUCGCACGCGUUCAGCAAAGGCGGGAUCGAAACUAGAGUUUCCCACCGUCCUUUCACAUGACAGUCUCAACGGACUCACAAAGACAAGUGAUAGUGAUGUGGAAACUGGCAGCUGUUUAUCACACCGUCUAGGAUCGGUAGCUCAACCGGAUAGUACAAAACCAAAGACUAGCAUUUUCUCAAAAGUGUCCAAACGCAAAGAACCGCAAUUUCCUGGACUUGGCACCCGAAGAGAGAGCACAACUAUUCUUGACAAACUACGGCUGCGAUCAAGCAACCGUCUGACAGUACACACCGUACAGGACCUCGAAAAUCCCGGGCUAUCUAGUCUUCUUGGAUUGGGUGUGUUAGCGGGAGCAGGGGCUGGACUCCUUCGUGCGUCCUCCAGUAGCGCCGGUUUAUUUGGCCUAGCAGAACCAGAAGAAUGUGAGACACUUCAAAUGCACAGACACCAGACCCGUAGAGUUUACAAACAACCGAAUAUGACUGAACUACCGAUUCAACGCUAUAUUCUUAACCAGGUCAAAAACAUGUACAGUAAUUCAUUCAAUCUAUUGAACAAAAGUGCAUUGUUGCUUACACAUGAGCAAUUGGAAAAAGUGGUCCCGCUUGCUUGGGAACUUUUGUUGGAGACGGAGGAAGAACUUGUCUCCAGUACCGUACAAGCCAUUGGUUUGUUCGUUGAGCUUGGCAGUUUGCUUGAAAGCGCUUCAUCACUAAUCGAGUGCGUUGUUAGGGAGCGUGGUGGAGCGAAGCGCACAAACAUCAACCCACUACUGCGCCCCCUAACAUCUGACUGA